AUGGGUUCUGUGAAUUCCAGAGGUGGCAAGGCAGAGGCGCAGGUGGUAAUGCUGGGCCUGGACUCUGCCGGCAAGACCACGCUCCUGUACAAACUGAAGGGCCAUCUGCUGGUGGAGACCCUGCCCACUAUUGGUUUCAACGUGGAGCCUCUGGAAGCUCCUGGCCACGUGUUGCUGACUUUCUGGGAUGUUGGGGGGCAGACCCAGCUCAGGGCCAGCUGGAAGGACUACCUGGAAGGGGCAGACAUCCUCGUGUAUGUGCUGGACAGCACAGAUGAAGCUCGCCUGCCUGAGGCGGUGGCUGAGCUCAUGGAAGUGCUGAGCGACCCUCACAUGGCUGGCGUCCCCUUUUUGGUGCUGGCCAACAAACAGGAGGCACCCAACGCUCUUCCGCUGCUUGAACUCAGGCAUAAGCUGGGCCUGCACUGGUUCCAGGACCGCAGGUGGGAGCUCCGGGCCUGCAGCGCCCUCACGGGAGAGGGGCUGCCAGAGGCCCUGCAGAGCCUGCGGAGCCUCCUGAAAGCCCGCAGCCACCACUCCAGGUGAGGGCCAGUGGGUUGAGAGUGGGGACAGCAAGAAAUCUUGACCAGGAUAGAACAGCUUACCUUUGCUCCUAUGAACCAGCAGAACCAGCUGAUCCUUGAGGUGUUUAAGUGCAGUUUACCAAAUGACAUCUUUCUAUUCUCGGACAGGAUAUUUCCUUCUAGGACUUGUCCUCAGGGGUGAUGAUGUUAUGUUGCCAUCAACUGUUUUUUGAAAAAUGAUACUCUGUGAAAUAAACCAACCACGACACAAUUUCAGUGCCAUCACCAGUGGGAAUGGAGCAUCAUAAUCAUGGAGAGUGAGUGGCCACACGGAACUUGAGACCUGAAUCCACAGAGAUAACAAGGUUUUAAAAUCAAAUCAGGGUAUCAUCUGGAUGUGGUCAUGAUGGAUCACUGUGACUGGUUCUCCCUGGUGGCCCAGGGGAUGUUCCAUUAUCACCCUGAGGGCACAAAGCAGGGACCCUGGUCCCGAGGAACCUGCCCGUUAGAAGAUGGGCCUUGG